AUCCCGCUGCCGAGUGUCGCGCUGCUGCGUCCGCCGAGCAGAGCGACAGAGGCGGUGAGGAAGAGAAGGAGGAGGAGGAGGAGAGCGGCGCCUGAGGGAAAGCCAGGCCGCGAAGGGGGAAGGAAGGAAGGAAGGCAGGAAGGCUCAGGCCUAAGCCUAGCGGGAGGCCCCACCGCGCACCCUCCGGGCUGCCUGUCCUUCCAUGUCUCGAUGGAGCCCUCGCUGUGACCUCGCCUACCCCCCGGACGCGGAUAUGAAGAGUGAUGCUUCCCCUGACGGUGCCGCCAAGAGCCAGGAGAGCCUGAAGGGGGUCCUCUUGAACCCUCCUCCUCCUCCUCUUCCGGCACCCGCCAUCGGAGAGCCCGGCAAAAGCUUCCCCGAAGAAGAAGAGAAAGAGGUGGGGAUGAUUGCCAGCAAAGGUGGGGAUGACUUCUCACAUCUCUGCGGUGGUGGUGGUGGCGGCGACUCUCAGAAGGAGAAAGAAGCCAGUGGAGGUCGCCCGGAGGAGCCGGAGCCGGCAGAGGAGGCCAUUGUUGUACGGAAGAAGCGCAAAAGCCAGCAGGCCGGACCCUCCUUUGCCCAGAGUUGUGGCGGCAAAGGAGAACCCCGUGUUUUGGGACUGAGGCCACGCCUGGAGAUGCCGAGCGAAGACAACGAAUCCUCCUUCAGUGAGUGCGUCUCCUCACCCUCCUCCAGCCUGCAUUUUGGGGAUUCAGACACAGUCAGCUCCGACGAGGACAAGGAGGCCUCUGCUGCCACUGUCGCAGCCGCCUCUGCCACUCCCCCCGUGAGGCACCCCAGGGCCGCCCUGAGUGCCGCCAGCAGGACUCCUGGCUCCCGGCCGCAGAAGUGGCCACGGACCGAGGCCGAGACCAUGCCGGGGCUCCUAAUGAAGAGGCCCUGCUUCCAUAACAGUGGAGGCGGCAACGGCGGAGGGGGGUCCCUGCGGAGGUUGCCCUGCCGGAAGCGGUUUGUGAAAGGCGGCUCCUCGCAGCGGACACAGAACCAGAAGGAGCGCAUCCUGAUGCAGCGGAAGAAGCGGGAGGUCCUGGCGCGGAGGAAGUAUGCCUUGCUGCCCAGCUCCAGCAGCUCCAGUGAGAACGACCUCAGCAGCGAGUCUUCCUCCAGCUCUUCUUCCGAUGGGGAGGAGGACAUCUUCGUCUCGGCUGGAGAAAGCCACCCAAGCAGCGCGGCUGUUCCUGCAGGAAGCAUUGACGAAGACGUUGUGGUGAUUGAGGCUUCCUCCACCCCGCAAGUCACCGCCAACGAAGAAAUCAACGUUACCUCAACAGACAGUGAAGUCGAGAUCGUCACCGUUGGAGAGAGUUACCGGUCCCGCUCCUCCCUAGGCCACUCGCGCUCCCACUGGGGCCACAGCUCCGGUCCCCACGCCUCUCGGCCGCAGGAGCCACGCAGUCGCAGCAGUCGGGUCUCCACCGUCAUCCAGCCGCUAAGGCAGAGCGCCACGGAAGUGGUGGACCUCACCGUGGACGAGGACGAGCCGACCCUGGUGGCCACCACUUCGUCUGGGGGGGAGGCCCUGCCAACCAGCACGGCCUCCGAAGGCGGUCCCAGCGCCAUCACCAUCCUUGCCGCCCCAGAGCCGGCCUCUGAGGCAGGGGCCUCCGGCGUCUCCAGUGGCCGGCCCACCGCACCUGUUGUCGUCCUCAGCAACAGCGGGAAUCCAGCCGGAGAUGAGGCCAGAGGUCACCCCUCGGGAGGCCCGACCCUGGAGGCGGCUCCUCCGGCCUUGCCCAGGCUGCCCUCCUGCUGCCCACAGCACUCGCCCUGCUCGGGCGCCACUGGCGCCGCCUCCUCAGCGCAACACCUCCACGCCCUGGGCCACGCCGCCGCCCACGGGGCCUGCUUCCCGCCGCACAGCCACCACUUCCACCACCACCACCACCACGGGCCCCACAUCCCGCUCUCCCCUUCCACCUCCUUUGGCGAGACGGGAUGCCCCGGGGAGAGGCCUGCCGCACCCGUCGUCGCCCCCAGCAGCAGCAGCGCCGCCGCUGCCUCCUCCGCGGGAAACACUUUCCACGACCAGCAGGCCUUGCCAGUGGACCUCAGCAGCAACGGGCUCCGGGGCCACGGGGGCGGCGGUUCCUUCCAUGGGGCCUCGGCCUUUGACCCCUGCUGCCCUGGUGCCUCCUCCUCCCGCACCGCCCUCUACACGCACCAACCACCCGGGCAGCCUUUGGCCCUCGUGGACGGCUACAGCGCCAGCAUGGUGGCCCAGCCCCAGGCCCCUCCGCCCCCACCACCGCCCCCAGCCGCACUCUCCUCCUGCCGGCAUUACAUGCAUUCACCUUACGCCUCCCUGUCGCGGCCCCUGCACCACCAAGGGCCACCCUGCCCCCACGCCCACAGCAACCCCCCUCCCCCGCCAGCAGCCCCGGCGCUCCCUCCCCCGGCGCCGCCACCUCCCCCACCAAUGGACUACGUGAUCCCGCACCCGGUUCACCCCUUUCACCCCGCCCUCUCCUCCUCCUCGUCUUCCUCCUCCUCCUCCUCGUCUUCCACCUCGCACCCAGUGGCCCCCCCUCCCCCGCCCCCUCCACACCCACUGGCCAACCCUGCCGCCUCCUCAUCCGCCACCAUUGCCGCCGCCCCGCUGCCACAGCCCCUGCCUUCAGCCCACCAGCCCUUGGGCCACCACAUGCCCCCCACUGCAGCCCCCGCUGCCCAGCGCCUGCACCCUCAUGAGGUCAUCCAGCGCAUGGAGGUCCAGCGGAGGAGGAUGAUGCAGCACCCCACGCGAGCCCACGAGCGGCCCCCGCCCCACCCGCACCGGAUGCACCCCAACUACGGCCACGGGCACCACAUCCAUGUGCCGCAAACCAUGUCUUCACACCCGCGGCAAGCGCCCGAGCGGUCCGCCUGGGAACUGGGCAUUGAAGGGGUGGCAGCCGCGACCUACCCUCCAGGGCCCCUGCACCCGCACUUGGCGCACUACCACACGCCGCCCCGGCUGCACCACCUGCAGAUCGGGGCCCUGCCCCUGAUGGUGCCCGACAUGGCAGGCUACCCUCAUAUCCGCUACAUCUCCUCGGGCCUGGAUGGGACAUCCUUCCGGGGCCCCUUCCGGGGCAAUUUUGAGGAAUUAAUUCACCUGGAAGAGCGUUUAGGGAAUGUCAAUCGCGGCGCAUCCCAAGGAACCAUCGAAAGGUGCACAUAUCCCCACAAGUACAAAAAGGUAACCCCUGAUUGGUUCUCACAGAGGAAACUCCACUGCAAACAAGAUGGAGAGGAAGGGACUGAGGAGGACACCGAGGAAAAGUGCACCAUCUGCUUGUCUAUAUUAGAGGAAGGAGAAGAUGUCAGGCGCCUGCCCUGCAUGCACCUCUUCCACCAGGUCUGUGUGGACCAGUGGCUGAUCACCAACAAGAAGUGCCCCAUCUGCAGAGUGGACAUUGAGGCCCAGCUGCCCAGCGAGAGCUGACCCCUCCUUUGACCCCGAGGCCCCUUGCUUUCCCCCAUUUCCCUCUUUCUUCACCCACAAAAACCCCCUCCUCCUCAGCGCUGCAGACAACCAAAGAUGAUGGCAUUUUGAACCCGCUCCAAAUCUCCAAACCCCCUUUUGUCUGCUGUGGCAUCCCUUGACGAAACGCUUCCGUGUAUUUAUAUAUAUACAUACAUACAUAUAUAUAUAUAUAAAAAGAAGGCUUUUCCUUUCUGGUUUAUUAUCCUUUUUAUGGUUCAUAUUUUCCCCCUUGUAAUUAUUUUUGCAUGGUUUAAAAGAGAGGAGAAAAAAAAAGACAACAAUGCAUUUCUUUGCACACGUUUAAUGGGCUUCGUCGUGACUUCCUCCUCCUCCUCCUCCCUUCUCCCAGAACUUGCAGGCAAGAGUCUUUCAAAUCUGCUUUUAGGAAAGUUAAUAGGAUUGUUGUGUGGUCUGUUGAUUUGAUUUCUUCAUUCUUUUUUCUAAUUUUUAUUAUUAAUUAUUACCACCCCCAUAGUAUGGUUUUACUCCUUUUACUAAUGAACCUCCAGAGAGUCCUUAAUUUAAUCAAGUCUUUUUUUUUAGUUUAUAAAUGUAUGAUAAAAGAUGAACUUUAAGGGAGAUGAUAAAAAAAAAAAUAAAAGAGGGAAAUAAUAUUGUUGUUUUUUUAAAAGACAUUCCUUAAUUAGGUUAAAAAUAAAGUAAAAUGCUGCUGUAGAACUUGCAUUGGGCAAAACAAGGCGACCCACUUUGCUCUUCCAUUCAUACAUAAUCACUGCGGAUAUUAAUCCCUUGAUUUCCAAACGGCCGACCCAUCACCAUCAUCACCAUCCACAAAACGCAUAUUUUUUAUGUUCUUAAAACUCUUCUCAGCACAAUGCAAAUAUAUUUGAAUGUCAAUAUUAAAAAAGGAAAACAUUUAA